ACUUCCGCGGAUUCCGAGGUGGCUUGGAUGUUACGAUAGGUCAGACAGGAACAGAGUCUGUCUACACCAAUUUCCGGGGCAAGGAGAUCAUGUUCCAUGUCUCUACAAAGCUACCCUUCACAGAGGGAGAUGCCCAGCAGCUUCAGCGGAAGCGCCACAUUGGGAACGAUAUUGUGGCCAUUGUCUUCCAGGAUGAAAAUACUCCCUUUGUCUCUGACACGAUUGCCUCCAAUUUCCUGCAUGCCUAUGUGGUAGUGCAGCUUCAUCACCAUGCCCUUGGGGAGACUCUCUACAAGGAGCGGACCCGCAGUGCUCUUCUCGAGAGUCUUUAUGAGGAGCUGCAGAUCCGGAGCCGCAGCAUGAUGGGCUUGGCCUCUGGAGAUGAUGACAAGAUAGAGAAUGGGGGUGGUGGCUUCUUUGAGAAUUUCAAGCAAAGACGUUGCUGAAAGAAUACAGAAGGUACUGGAGAGUCCAGGACCCUUCUUUGACCUCAAGUCAGAUGGUUCCUCCAGUCCCAGUUCCCCAGAAUUCCCUAACAGGAAGAGCAAGUUGAAGAAAAUGUCAGUUAAGAAAUGUUGUUAGUUUGUACAUUCCAUUACAAUUAAAAGCAACAUACCUAUCCAGAGAGAGAGAGAGAGAGAGAUUUUCUCAAUCAAUGUUUGCUGGAGAAAAGUAUGUGGAUUUUGUCUAUAAAAAUAAAAGCUAUGCAUUGA